CGGACACUUCCGUCUGCGCGUUUUCACCCGAAGCUCCAGGAGGUAAACGAGCAGCGCCGCUGUGCGCAUGCGCGCCGCCCAGCCGCGUGCACCUGUUGAAGCCACUUAUAAUCAGACUCACCUGAACACGGAACCUGCCGCCAUGGACCCCCCGACCGGCAGAGACGAAGCCCACCGGCCAGAGCACUACCAUCCCCAGCCGUCUUCCUCCUCGCCAUCAGGAGGAGGAGGAGGAGGAGGAGGAGGAGGUGGAGGAGGUCUGUACCUGGACGCCUAUGAGGUGUCUUUCCCUCUGGAGGAAAGCAUGGAGAGGCCAGCUGCGUAUCACCUGAACCAGGGUCAGCAGAUGAUGGACGAGCCCGUGGUGCAGGAGGCCCCUCACUCUCCGUACAGCCCGUUCAUCCUGGUCUCCAACCUGCGAGCUCACCUGUACGUCACUCUGGAGAAGAACGCCUGGCUGCAGAAGCGCAUCGAGGAGCUGGAGGAGGAACGCAACUUCCUGCGCUGUCAGCUGGACCGGUUCAUCGUCAGCCUGAGGGGUCCGGAGGUAACAGAGUGGUGUGGGGACGCCCAGCGCGGUAUGAAGGUCCAGCCCGCCAGCUCCCCCUCCCCUCCCUCCCCCAUGACCACCAGGUCCGGGAUGACCCUGAAGCGGCUUCAGGGAUCAGGCCCCCGGACCCGUCGCAGCACCGCCGUCCCCGUGAAGCAGGAGUUUCACCUGGAGGAGGACAAGUACUACACCGAGGACGAGUACGUGGAGGAAGAGGAGGAGGAGGCCGAGGAGGACGAGGACGAGGACUCCUCGGCGGAGAAGGGGUCGAAGAAGAAGGGCCGUGGACGAGGCAGUGCAGAACCCAGGAUGAAGAUGAGGAGGAUCUUCAGGAUCACCCACGGGAGGGAGAGACAGAGAGUUAAAGACCCCGAGGGGGUCAUGAUCCGCUACAAGAAGAUCCUGGCCACCUACCAGCGCGUGAGGAGCAUGUCCCGGGCCUUCCAGAUCCACGGAGUGGACCGGAACACCAUGGCCUCCACCUCCCCCAUCGCGGAGCUGCUGCUGAUGGCUCCGGAGAAGGUGGCCGAGGUCGGGGAGUUCGAGGCAUCGAAGGAGAAGCUUCUGGACUACGCCCGGCGAUGCUACAAGACCAUGGACGACCAGACGCACGCCAAGGUCCAGACCAUGAAGAAGACCCACAAGCUGCUGCCCAUCUCUUACAGGUUCAGGAACUGACCGGCGGGUUUGUCUUUUUUGGGAUUACCGCUUCCACUUUCAUUUUGUCUUUCCUUUAAAACAAGAGAAGACGUAAAAGUGAGAAGAUCAGAUACCGAAAGUUACAGUGAUUUGCAAAUAAGCUGCUUGAUUU